UUUUUCUUUUUUUAAUAUCAUCAUGGAACGUUCUUUGCCCAACAUAUUAGUCACUGGUACACCUGGUACUGGUAAAACGACCACUAGUGAAAUGAUUGCUGAAGCAACAGGCUUAGACCACGUUAAUGUGGGUGAGCUUGUUAGAACAAAGCAACUUCAUGAAGGUUAUCUUGAAGAAUUUGACACACAUGUAUUAGACGAAGACAAGCUUUUAGAUGAGCUGGAAGAAGUGUUAAAAGAAGGCGGUAAAGUUGUGGAUUUCCAUACUUGCGAAAUUUUCCCUGAAAGAUGGUUUGAUCUUGUCCUUGUGCUUCGUACGGACACUGCUAAUUUAUACGACCGUAUGGAAAAGAGAGGAUAUAAUAAGCGCAAGAUAGAUGAAAAUAUGGAAUGCGAAAUUAUGCAAGUCGUUUUAGAAACAGCACACGAAUCUUAUGCACCUGAAAUUGUGGUUGAGCUUCCUAGCAAUACAAUUGAUGAUAUGGAAAGUAAUGUUGAUCGUGUCAAGCAAUGGUUAGACGCUUGGAAAGUAAACAACAGCAAAUAAAUGCAUUGUAAAUAUCACAAAAUAAAAUCAAACAUACUUUAGAACGAUAGCAUAACGAAGGAUCAACAAAAUACUUGAGU